AUGCAGUUUUCAAAGAUUUUACUUAUAAUUUUAUUUAGCAUACCGUUUACAACAUAUGGCAAUCAAACUAUAAUCUUUGAUCAUUUAGCAAAUCGAAUAUCACAACUUAAUUUAAUCAAUAAAGAAAAACCAGAAAUUAAAGUUUUAAGCUCUUUGAUAAAUGAAGUUGUCAAAAGGUACUUUAGCAAAUGUCAUGUGAAUAUAAUUUAUGAUGAUUUAUUCGAAUUUGAUUUGUAUUAUAAAGACGUUUUGCGGGUCAUUUUAUUGUCUUUCGAUACGGUGUCCUACGAGAUUUUUCAUAUUCAAAAGUAUUCUUCGAAAAUAAUUAUGAUUUCGGAGCCCGGAUGUACAAACCACAUUAUUUUUUGUCGCAAUCCUGAAAUCGUUGAAUCCAAGUUUGGUCAUGCGAUUGAUAGCAAAGUAUUCAUAGUGACAGUUGGGUCGAGUUGGCAAAUACGAGAAUUUUUCUACAGCCGCGCAUCGCAAAAUAUUAUGAACCUAUUGAUUGCUUCUGCUGGACAAGCUUUACAAAAAAAUAGCAAAAAUGAAGUAGCUGAUAUUAAAUUAUAUACUCACGAAAUGUACACGGAUGGUUUAGGAAGUAGUGUUCAAAAAAUUUUGACCACAUGGAAAAUAAACAGAUUUACAAGACCAGAGGUCAAUUUGUAUCCGACCAAAUUAAUUAAUGGAUUUCAGGGACACCGAUUCGUUGUGUCAGCCAUUGAAAAUCCACCGCUAGUGUUUCGGAGUUCACUCACCAAAAGCGAUGCGUAUCAAGAACAAUCGGCAUCGUGGGACGGGGUCGAAAUUAAAUUGUUAAAAAUAUUAGCGAGAGUGUUGAAUUUCACGUUGGAAAUACACGACGCUACCUUAUCGACAACCAAAAACGAAUCCGAAGAUCGUAUCAUUGGUGACUUGGUUGCUUCCAAGGCUGAUUUCGGUACAUCGGGUUUGUACAUGACCAAUGCUCGAUAUUCCCUAGUUGACUUUUCUCCUGUUGUAUUGCAAGACUGUGGGACAUUCAUGUCUCUGGGAUCAUUCGCUUUAUCCAAGUACAGGGCGAUAUUCGGUCCUUUCCAUUGGAGUGUUUGGAUGAUGGUGGUGUUCACGUACGUGAUUGCAAUAUUUCCCAUCGCGUUCACGAACAACCGCGAUGUGAAAACUUUGUGUAAAAGUCCCAAACAACUAGAGAGCAUGUGUUGUUACAUGUUUGGGACGUUCACGAAUUUGUUCACAUUUAAGGAUGUGAAAUCUUGGACGAACACUACAAUGGGGUCUACUAGACUCUUCGUCGGGACGUAUUGGAUUUUUACGAUAAUCAUAACGACAUCUUAUACUAGCUCGAUCAUAGCGUUCAUAACGUUACCGGAACAACCAGUUACAGUGGAUACAUCGUACCAGUUGGUUGAUAAAGGCUACAGAGUUAUAAUGCUAAAUAAGGGUGGCUGGCAACAAUACUUGAGCAUAACAAAUGACACAAUUUCUAAAAAACUGAUGUCAAAAGUAAAGCUCAUGAAUAAUUUAGAAGAUACCGUGGAUUAUAUAGUCAAAACUAGAUAUAUUUUUGAUUAUGCUUUUCUAGGUUCAAAAAUUUCACUUGAUUAUUUAUCUCAAAACAACUUUCUACAAAAGUAUAAAAAUAAGAAAAUAUUCCUUCAUGUUGCUUCAGAGUGUUAUGUCCCAUUCAAUAUUGCCAUAGCAUAUAAGAAGAAAUUUAUGUUUCGUAAUAUAUUCAAUAACUUCAUACUACGGUCACAACAAAGUGGAUUAUUAAGCAAAAUAAUAAAUGAUAUCCAAUGGGAAAUUAUACAGCAUUCUGGAAUCAAAAAAUCAACAUUAAUUUCUCCUGAAGAUCGUCAACUUACAUUAGAUGAUGUACAAGGCAUGUUUGUACUAUUAGGUGGAGGUAUACUGUUAGCUGUAUUAACUCUGUUAAUUGAAUAUAUCAAACGGAAAAGAACACUGAGAAAAAUUGCACAAAUUGAGAUAAAAAAACAACUAAAAAGAGCAAACCGUUCUAAAUCUUUGGUAGUUAAAGAACAUAUAACUGCUGAGCCUUUCAGACCAUUAACAACAUAAUACAUUAAGAUAAGCCAAUCAUG